UGCGAAAAGGCGACAUGGUCAGGUAUACUUGAUCAUCGCUUGUUGUCAUGCGAGAGUGGGCACCAAGACGCGUGUUGGAGCGGCAUGCUAGACCCAGUCCACCUAUCAGCCAAACCAGGUUUGCUUGGGUGAGUGCCGCAUGUGGUUAUCAUACCGUGAUGGAGGGGUUUACGAGCCGUCCCGAGGUUGUGGGUUGUGAAAAUUGUAUAGCGGAAUACGUUUACGGGUCCUCUUAUCACCAAGUCGCUUUGCUCGAGAUGGAGUUUGUCUCCUGGAGCUCAUGGCUUUCUGGCAGUGAUGUGCAUUGUCGUGGGCAGAUCAGUCACCAGCUGAGUCGACAUUAGCGAUGAUGGCAUUCCGUUGGCCCUUGACUGAAUCAUGGGAGCCACAGAAGUCGUUUCGGAUCCGAUCCGCG